UGAAAAGACUCGUGUGGCUUUUGUCAUGUCCCAUAUGAGUGACAGGGCUUCCGCCUGGGCAACCGCGGAAUGGGGACGUCAAUCUCCUGUGUGUGCCUCGUAUGCCGGUUUUUCCAAAGCCAUUGAGAACAUUUUCCAGCACGAAAAGCCAGGACGUGAGGCAGCACGGUCAUUACUUCGUCUGCAGCAAGGACAGCGGAGCGUCACGGACUUCGCCAUCGAAUUCCGAAGGCUCGCUGCUGAGAGCGGAUGGCCCACUUCCGCAUAGGUGGACGUUUUUUCCCUCGGUCUGGCUGAUCCAGUCCGGAAACAGAUGAUACCGCUGAAGACUCCCGACAGCCUCGACGAGCUUGUCGAGGCUGUCGACAAGCUUCCGGUUGAAAACGUCUAUGUAUGAUGACAUAUGCGCGUGACGUCAAUCGUUGAACUGGAAGUAUUGGUACACCAUUGAAUCCAAUACAAAAAGCUCUGUUUUCAUCUCAAAAUUCCACAGUAUUAUGGACAUCUGUGUUGGUGAAUCUUUUGCAAUUUGUUUAAUGAACAAUGAAGACUGCAAAGAAGAAAGUUGUAGGUGGGAUCGGUGUAUUAGCGGCGGACUACAGCAACACAACCAGGAGGACUUUGUGAUGGAUAGCAGACGCACUAACCGCCGACCUCACCUUGACUUCCUCCGUCUCCGGGCCGCCGACCGCAUCUAUGAUUGUCGUUCCGUCGAUCGCUGGAAUGCAGGCUUGUUUGGCUGGAAGGAGCACACGCACGUCUUCACUUGUGAUCAUACCACACUGCAGGCUGCAAAGAAGACAGUAGUAGGUGGGAUCGGUGUAUUAGCAGCGGACUACAGCAACACAACCAGGAGGACUUUGUUGGAGCACUAGCUGCGCUAGCCGCGCUAGCCGCGCUAGCCGCCGACCUCACCUUGACUUCCUACGUCUCCGGGCCGCCAAACGCAUCGGGUGAAGUCCUUCGUCCUUCUGCCCAUCGCUGGAACGCAGAACACUUUUUGCUGCUGUUGACUGAAGACAAUGCAGCGACGUGCUUGAAACACGACAACAAACUGCAGCAAUGAGGCUUCUGUGUCUACUGCUUGUGGCGAGCUUGGCUGGCAGUAAAGCUUCCAGAACCAGAGAGUGGGCUCAUCACGGCGCUCCCAUGUUUGCUGACCUGUCAGUCCGUGAGAUGAAGGCCGUGCGAGAGUACCUGCAUGCCAUUCCACACCUGGGACUCACCGAUGUGGACAACAUGUCUCUAAAGAAGAACAGCAUUCUCAUGAUGGAGCUUCAUGUUCCUAAGAAGCAUGAAGCCUUGAGAGCUUUAGAUCGUGGUCAUGCCAAACCUCCACGACAAGCUCGUGUCGUUGUCCAGUUUGGGAACCAAACCAGACCGAACAUCACAGAGUUUAUCGUAAGUCCUCUGCCGUCUCCUAAAUCUCACGAGGUCAAGAGGUUCAAAGGUGAUCGACCAAUCAGGUUUGAGUCCAGGCCAGUGACGGCUGUAGAAAGUCAGCACCUUGGAGUCAUGGUUGAGAAGAUCGCAAUUAAAGCCCACAAGAUUCUAUUUGAGACCACAGGAGGGUUCAUGUUCAAAAUCAACUGUUCUGAACACUGCUUGAUGUUUGUGGACAUCGCCCCUAGAGGACUGUCUUCAGGUGAGAGAAGAAGCUGGAUCAUGAUGGUCAAGUACAUAGAAGGACAUUACAUCCACCCCAUCGGUUUUGAGUUCCUGGUCAACCAUAAAGACCUGGAUCCAAACCUUUGGAUGGUAGAGAAGGUUUGGUACAACAGCAAGUACUUUGACAGUGUGGAAGAGUUGGUUGAGAAGUACGAAUCAGGAGCUGUCGAGAAGGUUACGCUUCCUCCUCAUGAUGAUGAAGACCUCUACUCCACCUUCACUCCACGUAGUCCAAGCAGCACCAACACCCAAGGACCAAAAGUGGUGGAGCCUCAGGGGCACCGCUAUCACAUUGAUGGCAACUUUGUUGAAUACGCCGGCUGGUCGUUUGCUUACGGUGUUCGUUCCUCAGCAGGACUUCAGGUGUUCGAUCUCCGUUUCAAUGGAGAAAGGAUCGCCUACGAGGUCAGCCUGCAAGAAGCUAUUGCUUUCUAUUCUGGUCACACUCCAGCUGCAAUGCAAACUAAGUACAUAGACGCCGGUUGGGCGAUGGGAACCUUAGCUUUUGAACUGGCGCCUGGAAUUGACUGUCCAGAAAUAUCAACCUUUGUUGACCUUCAUCACUUCUACGACUCCAACAAACCAGUGCUAUUCAAAAAUGCUCUUUGUGUCUUUGAGACCACCACAGCUUUGCCUUUGAGAAGACACUUUGACGACAAUUUAAGGGGAGGUUAUACGUUCUACGGAGGGCUGGACAGCACAGUGUUAGUCUUACGGACAACGUCCACAGUUUACAACUACGAUUACAUCUGGGACUUCAUCUUCUACCAAAAUGGGGUCAUGGAGGUCAAGGUCAGCGCGACAGGUUAUAUCCACGCCACCUUCUUCACCCCAGAAGGACUUCAGUACGGCAACAAAGUGUACGACUACGUCUUGGGGAACCUGCACACGCACCUCAUCCACUACAAAGUGGACCUGGAUGUUGCUGGUCGCGAGAACAGUUUUCAGUCGAUGGGUUUGAAAUUUGUCAACUUCACAAAUCCUUGGAGUCCAAAAGACACUAUUGUCCAAUCCAAACUCCACUGGAUGGAACACAAGACGGAACGUUCUGCUGCCUUCCGCUUUGGCAAAAAGUUCCCUCGUUACGUGCUCUUCUCUAACCCAAAGCAGAAAAACAAGUGGGGUCAUGAGAAAGGUUAUCGUAUUCAGAUGAAUUCGCAUGCUGACAGCGUGCUGCCAAAAGGCUGGCGAGAAGAAAAUGGCAUCACGUGGUCCAGAUAUCCUCUGGCUGUGACGCGUCAUAAAGAUAACGAGCCUACCAGCAGCAGUAUUUAUAACCAGAAUGAUCCUUGGAAACCUGUGGUCAACUUUGAAGACUUCAUUCGCAACAAUGAAGAUAUCGUAAACCAGGAUCUGGUUGCCUGGGUAACGGUGGGCUUCCUGCAUGUGCCUCAUUCAGAGGACGUCCCCAACACGGCUACGCCUGGCAACGCCGUAGGGUUCUUCCUUCGACCCUUCAACUUCUUUGACGAAGACCCCUCAGUGGCAUCCAGGAGCACAGUCAUCGUCAGACCAGGAAAGGACGGAAGACCCGAUGUCCAACGGUGGACACCAGAGGUCAAAGGUCUUUGUGUGACCAACCAGCCAUUCUUUUUCAACGGCUCUCAUACAGAAGUGUAGGAGUAUUUUUAUGAUUUAAACUUUGGAAGUGGCAAACUGCUCAGAUUCAAACAUUUGUUUUCCUAAGAUCGUCUUCCUUAUUUUCUUCUUUUUUUAACUCCGAUAAAAGAAAUAGAACACAAAUGUCCACUGCAGAGGACAUUGAUCUCAGGAGGAUAUUAAAUACUUGUUUAAUAUGGCUAUUUUAAAUCAAUGAAAUGGGUCAAUGCCUGCACAAAUCCCAUAUAGAAGCUUUAUAAUCAAACAACCAGGCAUGCUGCAAAAUACAACCAAUAAUAACAUGUGGACUUUGCACUGUUGAGAUUAAUACACAAAUUAGUGUGUACAUUACAAUAAAGACAAACUGGCGCUGUUAAAUUAACAUUUUAAUGUAAUUCAUUAUCAUAUAACUUUAUUAACAUAAGUAUAAAUAUUAAAUAAAUAUAUUAAGUCAGGGGCCCGCCAAUUUUUUUACACCAAGGGUUGUUCAAUAAAAAGUCAAAGCAUGCAGGAACCGUUUUUAUAUUUUUUUUGGAAAAUAAAUAAAUAAAUGGAAAUAUAUAUUUAAAGACAAAACUUGUUGCAAUUUCCGCUUUUUCUUAUGCCAUUACGCCUUUUUGCUGUGUUUUCCUAUGUUGUUAUUGGAGUUUCUUUCUUUGUACGAUAUACUUUGUAAACCUAAAACAGACGUCUUCACAGAGGGUGUCUGCAGCCAUGAAAUUUAUGGUAGGUUUUUUAAAAUAUAUUUUUUAAUAUUCCCCCCGCAAUUUUUCCACAAAUGUAAAUGUAUUUAAAUACACAUGAACAUUGAGCCAACAUACUGUCAUUCAUGUACAGUAGUUAAAUUGGAAAAAAUAACAAAACAUUAAUAAUUAUAUUAUAUUCAUGUUGUCAGUUAGCGAUUAGUGCUCUAGUUGUCAGCUAACGAUUAGCGCUCUAGUUGUCAGUCAGUUUGCGAUUAACACCCUAGUUCUCAGCUAGUGGUUUGGCAUGUUAGUUGCCGGCUAGCAAUUAGCGUGUUAGUUGUGAGCUAAUGAUUAGCACUCUAGUUGCCAGCUAGCGAUCAGCGCUGUAGUUCUCAGCUAGCGAUCAGCGCGCUAGUUGUCAGCUAGUGAUUAGCGUUUUAGCUGUCAGGUAGCAAUUAGUGCUCUAGUUAUCAGCUAACUAUUAGCGCUCUAGUUGUCAGCCUCCAAUCAGCGUGCUAGUUGUCAGCUAGCGAUUAGCGCUGUAGUUGCAAGCUAACGAUUUGCACUCAAGUUGUCAGCUAACAAAUAGCACUUAAGUUAUCAGCUCGCAAGCAGCGCACAAGUUGUCAACUAGUGAUUAUCGUGUUAGCUGUCAGCUAGCAAUUAGUGCUCUAGUUACUAGCUAACUAUUAGCGCUCUAGUUGUCAGUUAGCGAUUAGUGCUUAAGUUGUCAGCUAGCAAUUAGCGCACUAUUUUCCAGGUAGUGAAUCGCGCCUUAGUUGUCAGGUAGCGAUUAACGCCAUAGUUGUCCGCUAGCGAUUUGGCGCCUUAGUUGCCAGCUAGAGAUUAGAGGUUGUCAGCUAGCGAUCAGCGUGCAAGUUGUCAACUAGCCAUUAAUGCUCUAGUUACCAGCUAUUAGCGCUCUUUGUCAGCUACCAAUCAGCGUGCUAGCUGUCAGCUAGCGAUUAGUGCUCUAGUUGCCAGCUACCAAUCAGCGCGUAAGUUGUCAGCUAGCGGUCUGCUGUGUUUGUUACCAGCUAGCGAUUAGGGCUCUAGUUGUCGCCUAGCGAUAAACGCCUUACUUAUCAGCUAGCAAUUUGACGUUUUAAUUGCCAGUUAGUAAUAAGCGUGCUCGUUGUCAGCUAGUGAUUAGUGCUCUAGUGAUCAGCACACCAGUUGUCAGGUAGCGAUUAGCGCUCGAGUUGCCAUCAUUUCAUACAAAAUAUAUACGUAGUGUUCCCUCUCCCUCUCUCCAUCAGUUUGGGGGUACUACUCAGUGGCCUAGUGGUUAGAGUGUCCGCCCUGAGAUCAGUAGGUUGUGAGUUCAAACCCCGGCCGAGUCAUACCAAAGACUAUAAAAAUGGGACCCACUACCUCCCUGCUUGGCACUCAGUAUCAAGGGUUGGAAUUGGGGGUUAAAUCACCAAAAUGGUUCCAGGGCGCAGCCUCCGCUGCUGCCCACUGCUCCCCUCACCUCCCAGGGGGUGAACAAGGGGAUGGGUCAAAUGCAGAGGACAAAUUUCACCACACCUAGUGUGUGUGAGACAAUCAUUGGUACUUUAACUUUACUUUAACUUGGCCUGGAAAACAUUGAAGACCCCUGACCUAAAGUGUCUAUAUAGUCACUUCUUUCUUCAUUCUUCAAUCAAACAUUAUAAAAAAAACAUGAUAUAGAUCAGUACCGGUACCGGUCCGUCAAUCGAUUGGUACAGGGCCGCACAAGAAAUAAAAAAAAUCUUAAUUUUUUUAAUUUUUUAUUAAAUCAACAUAAAAAACACAAGAUACACUUACAAUUAGUGCACCAACCCAAAAAUCCUCCCUCCCCCAUAGGGAUACAGUCUGUAAGCACACAUGAUUGUUUUUUUUUAUGACAAAAAAAUUAAUAAAAUAAAAAAAUACCCCCCCAAUUUUUAAGCGUUGACCUGUCCGCACUUACAAAAAGGUUGGGGACCACUGAUAUACAAACCCUGUUUCCCUGUUUGUGUUGGAUGUAAAUAUAAACGAAAUACAAUGAUCUGCAAAUCAUUUUCAACCCAUAUUCAGUUGAAUAUGCUACAAAGACAACAUAUUUAAUGUUCAAACUGAUAAACUUUUUUUUUUGUUGCAAAUAAUCAUUAACGUUAGAAUUUGAGGCCAGCAACACGUGAAAAAGAAGUUGGGAAAGGUGGCAAUAAAUACUGAUAAAGUUGAGGAAUGCUCAUCAAACACUUAUUUGGAACAUCCCACAGGUGAACAGGCAAAUUUGGAACAGGUGGGUGCCAUGAUUGGGUAUAAAAGUAGAUUCCAUGAAAUGCUCAGUCAUUCACAAAAAAGGAUGGGGCGAGGGUCACCACUUUGUCAACAAAUGCGUGAGCAAAUUGUUGAACAGUUUAAGAAAAACCUUUCUCACCCAGCUAUUGCAAGGAAUUUAGGGAUUUCACCAUCUACGGUCCGUAAUAUCAUCAAAGGGUUCAGAGAAUCUGGAGAAAUCACUGCACGUAAGCAGCUAAGCCCGUGACCUUCGAUCCCUCAGGCUGUACUGCAUCAACAAGCGACAUCAGUGUGUAAAGGAUAUCACCACAUGGGCUCAGGAACACUUCAGAAACCCACUGUCAGUAACUACAGUUGGUCGCUACAUCUGUAAGUGCAAGUUAAAACUCUCCUAUGCAAGGCGAAAACCGUUUAU